AUGAGAGAUUGUAGUUCUAAAAUUUAAAAUAUAUGUUACGAUCCUUCAAGUUAAGUAUGUAAGUAAUUAGAUAAUAGUUCUUUAUAUGGAUAUUGUGUUAAUAAUGGAAAUUGCUAAUAAAUCGAUAUUAAUUAAUUUAUUGGUAGAGACACAAACUUUAAUUGCUUAACAAGUUUACAGUAAUUAAAUCUUGGAUAAACAAUUUAAUACUGUUUUAAUGAUCCUCAAAGUAUUUGCCAAAAAAGUGAUCAAACUAGUUGUGUAAAAUAUUAAGAUAAUUACUAAAUAUACCUAGGAUAUAUAAGUGGGACAGGAUUUUGUGCUUAACAAAACUAAAAAACUUCAAAUAUAUAAUUAUAAUAAAUUACAAACCUAAAUCCUAAUUUCUGUUAAGAUGAAAAUUUUUAAAUUGUUUAAAUAUAAAUACCAUAUGUUGGCAGGGAAACAAAUUACUCUAAAUGCCUAAAAGUUAAUAGUUAAGCUAAUUCUUUGAUUGAAUUUUGUAUUUCAGGAUAUUGUAUUUGGAACAACACAUGCUAGUAAAUAGGAUUUGAUAAAAUUAAUAUUUCAAAAUUAUCUAAUCUAUAAUGUGCCCCUCAAUAGCAGCCUGGAGCUAUUGAAUGUGGUUAUAGAUAUUUAAAUGUUUGCAUGCUUAAUUAAAUGUGUUAUUGUUUUUGA